UUUAAUUCGACAGAGAGCAUCUCCGAUCGCUCGGGGCCGCCCACACGAGACCACUCGUUGAAAUCGACCGGAUCUCCUUCUGAUCGAUCUAACGACCGCGCGCGCGCGCUGUCGCGCUGCGCCGCGCGCGCUCUCUCGGCGCGGCGCCGCAUCUCACUCAGCUGAGCAAGCACCAGCCGUCCUCAGGACGCCGGCGCCGCGCCAGCGAGAGCGAUGCUUCAGCGCGACCGCCGAGGCGGCGGUGGCGGCCCGCGGCUCUGAGGCGCGCCGCGCGUGGUGACGUGGGCUCGCGCCGCGGACGGGGCGCGGUCUCGGACGGCGUCUGCCUCACAGGCCAGAAAGCCGUCGCCGCCCUGCCUGCGUCCGUCGCCGCGCCACGGCCACCGCAUCAUGGGCAAGAAGACCACGAAGAAGUCCGAGACGGACGCGGAAGGCCGGAAAAAGAUGGUCGAGGCCGCGGUCGACCUCCUCCAGGGCAAGUACGCGGACCUGCCGGGCAACGACCAGAAGAAGUGUCGGGACGAGGCCCUGCUAGAAGACGUGCGGGUCAAGAUGGGUUGGGAUUAUGCCCCCGGGUCGGGGUUCCUCUUCGACGAGGUCCGCGACCACCGCGAGCGAGCCGAGGCGCCCGAGCAGGAGAAGCCGAAGCGGCGCGCGCCCACGCGCCGCCGCUCGCCCUCGCCGAGCCCGCCGCCGCCGGCCAAGCGCUCGGAGCCGACGCCGGCGCCGGCCAAGCCCGCGCCGCUCGCGGAGCAGGACCUGAACGAGGGCCAGCCGUGCGCCGCGACCGCGGAAGCUUCCAGCGAGCUCGCCCAGUUCCGCGCCGCCGUCGAGCUGGCCGAGAAGGCGCGCACGGGCGAGAAGGUCGUCCUGCCCGGCAGCGGUGGACUAAAGGCGUGCGAGGUACGACUCGCCGGCGAGGGCGACGAUAAGUGGCGGCCCUUCAAGACGCGCAAGGAUGCAGCAGCGGCGUUCCCCGGCCUCACUGCACCUUACGUCUCCCAGCUCUGCAACAACACGGCCACGUCGGCGGUCUGCGCCAAGUGGGAGGCGCGCGACGUGGACGAGGGCGCCUCCAUCAGCAAAGCACAGGCCUACGUGUCGUUGCUCAGCGGCGCCGGGUUUCGCUUUAACAACGCGAACGUGGGCUCGGAUGCGGACGCUUUGGCUGUUGUCCAGCGCGGUGGGUGGAAGGUCGUCGACCUGCCGCCGCCCCAGUCCUGGGAGGACGCGCUCAAAAGCAUGGGCGAGUUCAACGAGUCGCAGUUGCGCAACUUCGCGGCGGCGACGGCCGAGGCCGAGGCGGCGCGCGUCGACCAGGCGAGGACGGCGCAUCUUGCAUCUGUACGCCCCACACAGAUACUGUCGCGCCGGGCGGCGGCGGCGGCCGGCGCGCGCGAGACCGAGGAGGCGCACAACGAAUUAGUCGAGGAGGAGAUCUUCGACGAGGGGGGCCUGCGGGAGAUCAAGGUCGACGCGGACAACCUCGAGCUCUUCCUCAAGGACCACGAGUUCCGCCGGGACGAUGAGGAGGUGUGGGUCAAGUACAAGGACAAGUGGGUCAUCCUCAAGGCCGGGCCGUGGCCGAAACGGUACGCGUUCGGCUCGGCGGGCAGCGCGCUCUGCGUCGCGGCGGCGCGGGCCUGGCGCGGCAAGCCCGGCGAGGCCGUCGCGACGCUGCGGCGCCUGGUGGUCGGCGAGGCCAUCGCCAUGACUAGGGCGGCCGCGGACUGCACCGAGGGCUGGGCCCAUGCCGGCCGCCAGGGCCGGUGGGCGCUGACGGCGACGCCGCGGCCGCCGGGGCGGGACCACGCCCGCGGGCUCGACUUCGACCCGGUCGAGGCGAUGGGCGCCAUCGGCCUCUCGCUGCUGCGCGAGACGCCGGCGACGCAGGACGACGGCGAGCCUCUCGACGGCGGCUUCUUCAAGUGCCGCUUCGCGCUCGACGCGACCGUCGGCACCUGGGGCGCGUUCGCCACGGAGAGCGACCGCCUCCGGGACCGGUUGUUGCGGACCUCGCCCGACGACCGCCGCCUCGACGCCUUCGGCGCGGUGGCCUCGUACCGCCGGAACACCGCCGGCGCUUCUGAGCCGGGCACGGUGGCGCUCUGGCUCUCCAGGGCGCACCGCGCGCGCGGGCCGUCGCAGCACUGGGCGACCCUCCACAACUUCCUCAGCCGCGAGGGCUUCCCGAUCUACGCCGAGCUGAUGCGCCGCGGCAACAAAUACUGCGUGCCGCUCGAGUUCCUGGCGUACCGCGACCCGACGAAGGGCGGCCCCUUCCACGUCGACGCCGCGACGCUCCUCCUCCUCUCGAAGGGCUAGGCGGCAGCCCCUCGUUCGUAGCCGCACAAGGCGCUACGACGCACAUCCCCCCCCGUGCCUAAAAGGGGCACAUCGUAUUUACUUCUCUG